CCCGGCGUGCCGCGCAGGGGCGGGCCGCCGGUGCCGGCGCAGCCCGAGCCUCCCGCGGGGAUGCGGGCGGCGGCGUGCCCGGCCCUGCCCUGCGCUGCCGCAGCCGCGGGCAGGGCCAGCGGGCGGCGGCCCCGCGGCACCGGCAGCGCCGGGGCGCAGCGCUUCCCGCAGGGCCCCGGCGGGGGCGAUGCGCCGGCCGCGCCGCGCCGGUGAGGGGCUGCGGGCGGCCGCGGCGGCUCCGCGCACCGGGCGCCGGCUCCGGCUCGGGCGCCGCCGGACGAUGCUCCUCGGCCCCGCGGGCGGCGACCGGGAGCGCUCGCGUCCUCCCAGCGCUGCCCGAGCGCCGGCGGCGGCUCCGGGACGCGAUCGCCCGCGGCCCGCCCGGGAAUGGCCGGCGGCGGCGGCGCUCGGGGACUGCGGGCUCCGCCGCUCGGCGCGCUGAGGCCGGGUUUGCUCCCAGGGCGUCCCGCGGCCCCGCGGCCAGCCCCGCGCUUGUAGGGCGAAGCCUGGCCGCCUCCCGGAGAGCGUCCGCUGCUGCUCGCCCGGGGCCGGCGCCGCCGCGGCGCGGUCCCGCCGGCGUCGCGGGCUGGGGCGGGCUCGUGGCGGCGGCCCCCGGCGGCGGCGGCGGCGGAGCCAUGCCCUCCCCCGGCGGCUCCAGCCGCUCGCUGACCGCCCGCACGUCCCCCAGCCUCACCCGCCUCCGCCUGCAGCGCGCCUGGCUCCAGAUCCUGCUGGUGCUGGGCUUCGUCCAAGUGAUCCUGGGCGUCCUGAUCGUCACCUUCAGCCUGGUGGCGGCCACCAUCACGCCCUCGACCAAGAUCCGGCACUCUUGCCCAUCCUGGGCCGGCUUCUCGCUGGCGCUCUCCGGGCUCGUGGGCAUCGUCUCCUGGAAGCGGCCGUUCACCCUGGUGAUCACCUUCUUCACGCUGCUGUCCAUCCUGGGAUUCAUGCUGAGCCUGGCUGGCUCCAUCCUGUCCUGCCAGAGCGCCCAGCUGGUGAAGUCCCUGGAGGCCUGCGAGAGGGAGAGGGACGCAUGUGUCUGCUGCCCGGCUCGCCUGGUGCCCACCUCCUGCAGCGGGCAGAGCGAGACGCUGACCAUGUUCCUCCAGCCUGACUGCCGGAGCAUCCGUGCGGCGCUCAAGGAUCUUCUGUUCAGCGUCUGUGGCUUGACCAUCUUCUCCACCAUCGUCUGUACCCUCUCCACUGUCGUCUGCUGCAUCCAGAUCUUCUCCCUGGACAUCGUCCACGUGCUGGUGCCGCAGCGCUCGAGCUCUGUGACACUGGAGUGCACGUCGCCGCCCGACACCUUCCUGCAGAGCAUGAUGGACUUCGAGGAGUUCGUGCCGCCGGUGCCGCCGCCCCCCUACUACCCGCCCGAGUACACCUGCAGCUCUGAGACCGAUGCACAGAGCAUCACCUACAACGGCUCCAUGGACAGCCCCGUGCCGCUGUACCCCACCGACUUCCCCCCCUCCUACGAGACCGUCAUGGGGCUGCGGGGAGACAGCCAGGCCACGCUGUUCGACGUGCAGCUGACGGACGCUUCGCACACCUGCACCUGUGACCGCGUCCCCUCCAUCGUGCUCAGCGGGGAAGCCUCCAUGGACAGCGGGUCGCUGAUCAUGUCCGAGACGGUGGACGUCCCCGGGGACAGCAGCCCCUCCGAGGACUCAUGCCUGCUGGAGCUGCAGGGCUCCCUGCGCUCGGUGGACUACGUCCUCUUCCGCUCCAUCCAGCGGAGCCGGGCGGACUACUGCCUGAGCGUGGACUGCGUGCAGUGCAGCCACCACGCGCGCAGCCCCACGCUGGGCUUGCAGGGCCCCUUCGAGGAGGCGCCGCAGCCCCGGGCGCGCAGCGAGCGCUCCUACUCCUGCUCCACGGCGGAGCCGGGCCACGAGGCCAUCUUGGCCGGGGGGGCCGUGACGCACAGCUGCAACCGCCUGGAGGGGCUGGCCCGCUGCGCCGGGCCCUGCUUCCCCGAGGUGCGGCUCAAGGGCAGGAGCGCGCUGCAGGGCGGCGGGGGCAUCCGCUCGGCGGGGCCCGGCGGCGGCCGCCUCGCCCGCCCGCGCCGCAGCAGCGAGACCUCCUGCCCCUCGUCCCCAGUGCCGGGGCUGGGCCGGCGCCCGCUCGUGAGAUCGCACAGCGACCCCGGCACGGCGGCGGGCGGCGACGCCGAUUUCAGGGAAAUACUUUAUACCAAAGCACUGGAGGACACUGCGUCCAACUCUUCGGCGGAUACAGGGCUGUGCUCGGAGGCCUGCCUGCUCCACCGAUCGCACUGUGACUCGCCCCUGCUGCUCCGAGCCGGCUCCGCCGGGAAGAACAAGCCGCCCGUGUCCAGGAAGGUGACGCAGCAGCUGUCCAAGACGGCGGCCCGCUCCCUGGGGGACCUCAAGGCCUGCCGCGGCACCCGCGGGCUGGUGGCCAGGUUCCUGCAGAGACCCAAGCGCAGCCUGGCCGUGGAGGCGCCUGGGCACGGCUCCCAGGGGCACAAGCAGGUUCCCUGGAGCACCCGGCCGGGAGCCGAGCGGCCCCACGACGGCAUCCACCUGCAGAGCUGCGGGGACCUGAGCUCCCCCUCGUCCCUGCGCCGCCUCCUGUCCGCCCGCCGGCUGGAGCGGGGCCGUCCGCGCAGCCUCGGCGGCGCCUGCAGGGAGAGCGCGCUCUGAGGGCCGCCGGGGGCCCGGCACGCCACUGCCGCGCUCCGCUGCCGGCCCCGCGGGGCUGGGACCCCGCGCCCAGCGGCCCCGGGCCGUGCCGAGGGGCUGGUCCCCGGGAGCGGCCGCGUGGGGCCGAGCCCCGGUGGCCAGUGGGGCUCCCGCCCCGGGGAGCGGGUGCCGGCGGUGGGGCCCGACGCCCGCGAGGCGACGCGAAGGCGGGAGGCCACGGCCCCGCCGCGCGGCCCCGCUCCCCCCUGCUAUGCAACCCUCGGGGCCAGGACCGGGACCAGGCCGGGGCCAGGGCGGCCGCGCGGGGCUCCUGGCCGGGCUGGCGGUGCCCGGUGGCCCCGCGCUGGCGCUGUCCCGCUGCGUGGCCCGGGCGGCGCGCAGGGCCCCAGCUGCCUCCGCGACCUGGCUGCGGGCGCUCCCCGCUGCUCUGACACUCGCUAGAGAACCAAAUAAAGGUGUAAGCCUG